GAAAGCAAUGAAAAGACCCAGUCUGUCUGCUUGGGCGUCAUCUGUUUAUUUACAAAUAAUUAUUUUUCUUUUUAUCUGUUCCUAUUAGCAAAUAACAACAUGGCAGUUGCUCCUGAAAUUGAACAAUCAGUCCAGAUGAGGCUGUAUUCACUGAACAAGCGCCAGUUUGUGAUGGUGUUCGUUAUCUUCUUUAUUUGCUUUGGAAUCACAGUUCUCAUUGGCAUCGCAGGACCACCUAUAAUUGAGACAGAAACUUACAAUCUGUCUUCCUUGGGUCAAGUGGAAUCAAAUGUCAACAUGAUGACAGGUCCCUUUGCUCUGAAGUCACCUCCCAUGUCCACCUUCCACCAGCAGCUCUGGCUUAUUGCUCAUAUUCUGACAGACAACAAGCAAGGUACAAGGAUAGAGCAGACGUUCACUGUGAGCGUGCUCAUAGGCGGCAUAAAGGUCACUGAAGACAGUCUGGUUCAGUCAGAUAACCCGGGGCUGGAUGGAAAGGCCCACAACAGGACUAGACUGCUUUCCUGUCAGCAGGAGUGUAGUGACCUGAUUCUGUUUCAUCUCGGUUACCUUGACUACAACUACUACAUCAUCAACGUCAGGUUUGAGGGGUUGGUACAGCAAACUAACUUCAACAUUGAGAACAUUGUCUUCUAUUUUAAGUCUUACAACACCUCCUUCACAAAGCUGGAGAUUUGGCUGCGCUUCACUUUCCUGACCUGCACAUUCAUUGCAGCUUGCCUAUUUUCCCACUCCCUGAGGAAGUUCACUAUGCAAGACUGGUCCAUAGAACAGAAGUGGAUGGCAGUGCUGAUGCCACUGCAGCUUCUGUAUAAUGACCCCCUGUUCCCCCUGAGAUUCCUUGUUGACAGCUGGAUUCCGGGCAUGCUGGACGGACUGUUUCAGGCCACCUUCCUCUGUGCCCUGCUGCUGUUCUGGCUGUGUAUCUACCAUGGAGUCAGACAGACAGACCGCCGAUUCUGGAAGUUCUACUCCCUCAAGGUGCUCAUCGUUGGCAUGAUCUGGAUCUCCGCGGUAACGCUCUCAUCCUGGCAGGAGUACAAUGAGCUGCAGGACCCCACAUACUUCUACAGGCUCGACACCAGCAACUUCAUGGGAUUCAAGAUAUUCUUCUUCAUCGUGGGAGGGGUGUAUCUGCUGUACCUUCUUUUCCUGCUCGUGAGAGCCUAUACGGAACUCCGCUCCAUGCCAUACUUUGAUCUGCGACUGAAGUUUAUGACAUUGCUGAUGCUUAUAGUGCUCUCCAUCAGUAUAACCAUCACAGUAUUAAAGUUUGGGAGAGCUGCGUUGCAGGACAAUUUUGUAGCAGAGUUGUCUUCCCAUUACAAGAACUCAGCCGAGUUUGUCGCAUUCUAUGGUCUCCUUAACAUUUACAUGUUCACCAUGGCGUUUGUGUAUUCGCCAACGAAUAAUGCAGUGUUUGAAACUCACUUCAAAGACAAUCCAGGCUUGUCCAUGAUGAAUGAUUCUGACGAAGAGGUGCAUUAUGGCUCGGAAACAGAAAGCUUAGGCAUGACCAGGGUUCGGCCGGCUGCGGUCGGUAAAUAUGACAGCGACUGAGGUGACUGCCCACGAUUACAUUGCAGCCAUAACCACACUUCUGCUGGAGGAAACACGUUGGAACCUUGAUUUGGGAAACAAGGGUUUAAUGCAUGUGCGUAAAGUGUUGUCCCAGAUUAGCCUGUGCAGUCUGCACAGGCUAAUCAGGGACUACACUUUACGCCUAAACUGGAUUUUUGCUAAGAAGAGACUCUCUGUAAACGAAAAAAUUAUAAAAGCGGAAAGUGUCGUCUGUGAUUAGCAUGUGCAGACUGCACAGGCUAAUCUGGGACAACACUUUACGCACAUGAAUUAAACCAUGUUUACUCGCAGGCUGUUCUGGUUAUAUUCUGGUUGCAAAAGCCAUUUUCACUUUGCUUCUUAUGGGGGAAAGGGUUAAACUUUAUGAAGUUAUUUUGAAUAAUUGAACAUAUUACUAGAGGAAAUUUUUAACACAAUUUUAUUAGAUUGUUAAAUUUUGAAUUUAGUACAAUAUUUUUAUGCUCCCCCCAAUUUUUUUUAGGGGAGCAUAUAGUCGCCGCUUCGUCUGUCUGUGCAUGUGUCCGUGUUUCCGUCCGUGCACAAUUUUUGUCCGGGCUGUUUUUCAGCAAUGAAUGACCGUAAUUCAAUUAAACUUAUGGGAAGCUUCACUACCAAGAGGAGAUGUGCAUAUUAUCAGCCGGUUCUGGUUGGAUGAUUUUUCACAGAGUUAUGGCCCUUUGAAAUUUUCCAUUAACUGUACAUAUAGUGCAAUUCUUGUCCCCCCAACUACUAGCCGUUUCCUUUUAUCUGAAUAUAUAGUGCAAUAUUGUGACAAAAAAACAAACUUUGGGGAGCAUCACCCGUCUCCGACGGUUUCUUGCUUUUACACAUUAUUCAGAUUUUGUGUUUACAAUUCCAGCAACAUAUAUCGGUAUAUGAAAUGUGUUCAAGACACUGAUUACCAAUUCUGUAAAUGAUAAACAGAUAAGUUUCAGCGUACACAAUUGAAUCAGAGAUGUAGAUAACGUCUACGUCUCUGAUUGAUUUGUUAUUUAGGGAUAUAACUCUUUUGUUGUGUUGUAUGCAACACGCUUUAUUUCUUAAACCUGAACAAAUUUUACAAUGAGUUCAGAUGUACCGGGUAUUUAUGUUUUUAUUUUAUUGAUUGUUUGAAAUCUAGAGUGCAAUACCUGGCAAGUUUGGCUAUGUUUUUGUUAAGGAUUUUAUGUUGUGUUGAAUUUUUUUUAUUGAAAAAUAAUUUUUUAAUUUUCAAAUUUUCCUGUUGAUUGUUUUUGGAUUAUGAUUAUGCACUUUUGGUGCAUUUUCAUUAAUAUGUUGCAUUAUUAUCAUUAUAUCAUUAUAAUUUAAGGUGUACUGAUCAAUACUUGUAUAGUUGGUAUUUUCCCUGCACCUUUUUCAAAGUAUAUGUUUCCAUUGGCUUCUUGUACUUGGUUCUGGUAACCCACCUACAUUGUCUAAGCCUGCCUUGUAAAAUUGUGCAUAGGGUGAAUACAACCCAUUUAUGACUCAAAUAAUGUUAAAAUAGAAUAAAAAACUCGGUUUCUAAUAGCUUUUUCCAACGGAAUUCAAGGUUAAUACUGCAAUGUAAUCUGAAAUACCUGAAAGAUAAAAAACAACAACAACUUUUUAUUGAUAAAGAUAAUAGCUUCAUUGUUGAUUUUUCUAACCUUUGUUUUGUGAAUUGUUUUUUGUGAACUAUAAGCUCACCUGUAGUUAAAAUAUAUGUAUUAUGUGACCUGUGAACCAAAAUAAAGAUAUGUUCUGUUCUGUUCAGUACUGGUAACUGUAUUUCUUCUGUGGUGAUGCACAUGGAUUAAUUUGAAAUGCUUUAAUUGGAAGUGCAGAAGAAAAUGUAUGAAAUUUGCAUUGCAAAUCAUUCUUUGUUAUUUUAUUAUAAUAAGUUUAGCCUUAUAUAGACAAAAAGAUGUAACUUAUUGUUACGAGCUCGCUUCUAGCCAUUAAUGGGUUUUUGAUGUGUGAAAUGACUUGUAAUGUACACACAGUGUGUUGCUUUUAAAAGUACCCUGCUUUUGUUAAACAAAUGAGCCUAGCUCUAAGAAAAGGGGGUUAAAUGCAUGUGCGGAAAGUGUCGUUCCAGAUUAGCCUGUGCAGUUUGCACAGGCUAAUCAGGAACAACCCUUUCCGAUUAUAUGCAUAUUCAGUUUAAAGGUAUUGUCCUCUUAGCGAAAAUCCAGUUUAGGCGGAAAGUUUUGUCCGGACUGCACAGGCUAAUCUGGGACAACACUUUACGCACUUGGAUUCAACUCCCUUUCCAUAGCGGGAGGCUCGGCCAUUUGUACCAUUGAGCCAAAAGUUGCAGUAUGAUUGUUUAAUUUUUGAACUGAAGUGUGUUUUAUUGUAUGAAAUGAGCAAUGAUAAUUUAUUAUUUGGUACAUUUUAAACCAAUUCCAUUUUUAACAAAGCACCAAAUGCUUUUCUUAUAUGUCAAUAGAAAGAAAAAUAAAUUGAUGUUACAAAUAAUCUUUCUGUCAUGUUGGUUAUUAAAUGGUGUUAACAAAUGGCUUAACUUCUCUAGUCAUUUUUUUCUGAAUUUGUAUUUUCUUCUCAGAAGUGUUCAUUAGGUGCAAAAUUAGAUCACCAUUCAUGUACAUUCCAGUUUGUGUGGAGUGUUUGGUGAUACUAGAGUAAUGUUUUAUUGAAAUGUUGAAAAUCAUACGAGCCUGUCUCAAAAAUAUAACGAUUCCAUUAAGUUUUCUUUGUAUACUUUUUUUCCCCCUCAUAUUCUUAAACACAAUUAUGCCUAAAAUGUUGUUUUUUUGCAUCAAUAAACAUGGUAUAAUCACUGUUGUAUUAACAGUAUGUUAGUUUAAUUUCUGAAUUUAAUUUAAAAAUGCUUCCUAUGGUUCAUCAGUUAGCAAUUACCAAGCAGGUGAUGAAUGUGUUUUUAAUGCCAUGUUUGAUGUUAAACUAUAACUGGUUGGCAAUGAUAAUGUUGAUACAAUAUUAAUCUAUAGGCCAUACUAUUUUUUUGUGAUAAUGUUUAUUUUAUUGAUGUUGUUUGAGUUACAUACAAUUCUACCUUUGUAUGUUUUUCUGUUGUCUGUGAUGCUUUAUUUUAAUUCUUUUAUUUAUGAAUUCCAUAUGUUUGUGCAAUACUACACAACAAAGCAUAAUUUAUUUUAUGUUUAAACACAAUUGUACAUAUAAAGUAUUUAUUUAAAUUAUGUUAUAUUUUUGUCCAUAGUGGAAAAGCACACACAAAAUAUGUGUGCCUGAAGUGGCAAAUUUUAGAAGUUCACAUUAUUUAAAUUUGUAUACAUCAAAAGUGUAUGGUUACACUGUAAUUAAUUGGUAUAACUCCUGUGUAGACAUGAUGUCAACAUAUUUAUUUUUUGUAAAUAAUAGAUUUUAAAGGUUGUGAUACAUAGGGUGUGCAUAUGUCAUUACGUGUUAAAUUGACAUGUAAUUACUGCAUUUGUUUAUACAAUGAAUUAUGUUAAAUGAAUUUAUGGAUGAUUUUAAAUCAAUAUGAUUGCAUUGGCAUUGUGUGACUACAAACAAAUAGUAAUGCUCUAUAAUGAGUAAUAUUGUUUUCUGUUAUUGUUCAUGUGCUUAUUGUACUGAGACACAUGUUACAAUUUAAGCUCACCUGCUUUCCAAUGUGAAAUUAGUUUGUAUAAAGGAUUUAGUGCAAAAAAGUAUCCAAGUCGUAUUUAGAAAUGUUAAGCAGAAGCAACAUUUUCAAACAUUGCUGUAAAAACAGUUAUGUCUGUUUCAUGGUAUUGUACAAAUAUGUCAAUGAAAUUACUGUAUUAAAAUUUGUUCAUAUAAAAAAGUUUGACUUUUUA